AUGAGGAAACAAGCGGCUGAAGUUCAGGCUAGUUGUCCCAAAUGUUUUACAAUACCUACUACCGAGGAAUCUUUCACCAUUUCACUCACAGAAGAUUGGAGGGCCCUGUAUUUGGCAUUUUUUUUUGAAGGAACUCUGCCAAGCAAUUCCAAGCUCGCCUAUAAGCUUAAGAAGACGGAAAGACGGAGUCACAUCAAGUCAUGCAAGAGAUACACGCUGGAGAAUGCGGAGGACAUCAAGGAGUGA